AUGGCGUCAGCACCAAAUCGUGAAUCGGAUCCUUCCAAGACCAACGAAAAUAAAGUUGACGUGGAAAAUCUGAACAAACCUAAACAAGCAACUGUCGACGAAUCCAAGAAAAGAACUCAUCAAGAACUGCGUAAACUCGAACAUGUGCCUGAAUUAUCUCGUACUGCUUUACAUGAAUGUGACCUUGAAACCGAUGAAAUAGCUUUAGCAACAUCAGAUGAGAAUAUUCUCAUUUACGAUUCAACGAAAUUUCGUCUUUUCGAUAAUAAACUUCAACAAAUCAAAGAACUGGAAUGGAAAGAGUUCGAUUCGACAGGAAUUUUAACCAUCAAUGAUUUAACCUAUUUAUCAUGUCAAAAUUCUUUUCUUGUCCUAACUCGAAGUCACAUUUAUGAAUUGAACAUCGAGUCAUUCGAGAUGAAACAUUUAAAAGAAUUCAGCCGAAAAGACAAAUCUGGUGAAGACAAACUCGAAUUCGCAUCGAUUACUGCUCAUGACGAACAUAUCUUUCUCGCCCAUUCAGAUGCAUCCGCUGUUGCCAAAUGGACAUGGAAGCCAACUUUACAAUUAGUCAAUCGAUGGACAAAAGCGAAAGUCGUCGAAGAAACUGAUCAGCAGAUCUUAACAAUUCGUACUGACGGUACACAUGUCGGUGUAUUAAUCAAAGGUGAAACUACACGUUUAGAAGUGUUCGACUUCAAUUUAGCAACACGUGUUGUCCAUCAUUUGGAACUAAGUCCGACAACAACUAUGUUGUCAGCAUUAGCGAACAAUCAAUGGCUCGCUGUUGAUAGUGAACAACGUGAAUUGUUGUUAAUUAAUGAAGAUAACCAAAUACAGAAGGUUCAAGGUAAAGAUAGUUCACCAUUGAAUACCGGAAGAUUGGGAAACGAUCUUCUUGUUGUAAAAUGUCAAAAACCGAAUAAACUGCAGCUGUUUCGAUUAAAAUAG